AUGGCUCAGAAUAAUCUCAGCUCAGUCACUGAGUUCAUCCUCAUGGGCUUUACCGACCACCCCAACCUGCGGAUUCCCCUCUUCCUGGUGUUUCUCAGUUUCUACCUUGUCACCCUGCUGGGGAACGUGGGGAUGGUUAUUCUCAUCCGAGUGGACGCCCAGCUCCACACCCCAAUGUACUUUUUCCUGAGCCACCUGGCCCUGCUAGACGCUUGCUAUACCUCGGUCAUCACCCCUCAAAUCCUGGCCACCCUGGCCACAGGUGAAAUGGUCAUCUCCUAUGCCCAGUGUGCUGCCCAGUUCUUUUUCUUCACUAUUUGUGCAGGCACAGAAUGCUUCCUGCUGGCUGUGAUGGCCUAUGACCGCUAUGUUGCUAUUAGCAACCCGCUGCUCUACACGGUGGCCAUGAAGCCCAUAAUCCGCUGGAGUCUGGUGGUGGGGGCCUAUGUUUGUGGGGUGUCAGGGUCCAUCCUGCGUACCACAUGCACCUUCUCCCUCUCUUUCUGUGAGGACAACCACAUCAACUUCUUUUUCUGUGACCUCCCACCCCUGCUGAAGCUUGCCUGCAGUGACACAACAAACAUUGAGAUCAUCAUUGUCACCUUCGGCAACUUUGUGAUUCUGGCCAAUGCCUUGGUCAUCCUGAUCUCCUACCUGCUCAUCAUCAAGGCCAUCGGGAAGGUGAAGUCUCCAGGAGGCAGGGCCAAAACUAUCUCCACGUGCGCCUCCCACCUCACUGCUGUGGCCCUUUUCUUUGGAACCCUCAUCUUCAUGUACAUACGGAGCAGCACAGGCAAGUCCCUGGAAGAAGACAAGGUGGUGUCUGUCUUCUACACCACAGUCAUCCCCAUGCUGAACCCUCUCAUCUACAGCCUGAGGAACCAGGACGUGAAAGCAGCCUUCAAGAAGGUCACCGGUAGGUUCCAGGUGUCCCACAGCAUGUAG